AUGCAAAAGGUAAAUAAGGGACUCCCCAAAAAACGUGGAAGAAAAAGGAAAAACACAAAAGCAUCUUCAAAGAUUUUUAAUCAAACUCAUUCAGAAUCAUCAAAAAGGGACCAAAUUCAACAAAUAGAUACUGUUAAACAGAACUAUGAUGAAACUAUUACUCCAGGUAGUGGCAUGUCAAAGGCAAUACUACCUUACAGCAUUUCAAUUACGACCCUUAACAAACUAUUAAGUCCACUGCAGGACCUUCCACCACUGAUAUCGGAUGAGCAAUUUUCAAGGCAAGAUUUUCAACAGGAACCUGGACAGACUUCCAAAAGAAGUAAAAUAAUUGAUACUACCCAGACAGAAGCAUUUCAAUCCGAUUCACCGUUUAUAUCGGACUAUCAGAUUGAUAUUGGACAAGAUAAAGGUAGGGAGAGCCACAAUGGUAACAUCCAACAGCCGCCGAUCACUCAAAGCGAUAUUCAAAAUAAGCAAGAACCCGGAAAAACUAGUGGUAAAUUUGUUGAUUUUACUACUGAGCUGAUUACUAAAAGAUCUUUUCAAUUUGCUGUAGCCGGAAAUAAGGAUAGUAAUAUGGGAAAAACGAGAGGUCAUGAUACACCAUCAGACAACCAACUCAAUUUAUCAGUAUCAGAAAUACCAACGGACAAUUUAAAUCGGUUGGUUACUGCUUCCGAAAUGACAAAGGGUUACCCAGCAUCGAUAUCCUCAUCAUCAUUACCAAACGAACAAAUUAAAAGAAUUUCAACAGAUGAUUCAACCAAGUUUGGUUCGACCGUGGGAGCAAAGCACGACAGUGACAACAUUGGUUCGUUUUCAAUUAGUAUGGAUCAAGUGCCUGAAUCUAAUCAUUCAUUAGGAUCCUCAGACACUCAGUCGGAUUCAUCCGGCAAAAACUUUAUAUCUACAUCUGCUAAUGAUGAAUAUAGUAAGCUGACUGAUCUAAUACGCACAAAUCCAGCAUCACCAUCAAAUGAACUUUGGAAGGAAAUAUCACAGGGUACGGAUGAUGGCUAUAUUUUUCUUCCAUACAUAGAAAUUGAUGUUGAAGAUAACACAAUGAAAACUUCAUAUCCAAACAAUAAUACUCCAAUUUCGAAUGGUAAUAAUGCAAGGCCAAUUCAACAGAUGCCCAAUACUGCUCGCGAAAUACCCCAUGAUUUACAAGAAGAAGAGGAUUAUACAUCACCACUUAUCAUGAGACAUUUAAUUAAGAAACCGGACGACAUUUAUUUGACAAGCAUAGUUAAGGCUUACCAAUAUCCAAAGGCUUAUCAUGCACUUAUAUCAUACCUGAAAGUAAGAUUCAAUAAAGAGCAGUUAAUUGAGGUUGCAAAAAGCAUGGCUAAGUAUCGACCAUCGUUUAUCUCCGCUACCAAAUCAUUGUAUGAGAACGAUCUUAUUUUUACAGAAAGAUCAUUUCAAAGGACGCUAUUGGAAUAUGAACACCUGAUUAAUAUGUCCCCUUCACCUACAAUAAUAUGGAGGAGAACAGGAGAGAUUGUUGCUCUUACAAGUGAAUUUGCUACUAUGACCGGCUACUCCAAAAUGUCUUUGUUAUCAAAGCGAACUUUUAUUGUCGAACUUAUGGAUGAUGAGAGUGCUCUAAGAUACUUUAGAAGUUUCAGUGAGAUGGCAUUUGGUGAUUUGAAUGCCACGUAUUUAACGAAUUGCAGUAUUAGGAAGGCAAAUGAAGAUAAGUAUUUGAAAUGUUCGUGCGUAUGGACUAUCAAAAGAGACGUUUUUGACAUUCCGAUGCUUAUUGUAGGACAAUUUCUCCCUGUUCUAUUCUAG